CUGGAAAAAAGGGGAUCGAUUGCGUUUGUUCAAUAGUUUGACGUUGUCAUGUAAUCCAACCCCAUUAAGUUUAAAGCUGGGGGUUUCUUUUCGGUGCUAAAUUUACAAUUCCAACAUGGCCGGUAAGAAAGGUCAGGCUCAGUUACAAAUUGAAGUGGCUACGGAUGAAGAAUGGGAAAAGUUACUGCUCAAGGAUGGCCUUAUAGUUGUAGACAUAUACUCGGAAUGGUGCGGACCAUGCUCCGCCAUGCUGAACAAUUUGAAAAAAAUAAAGCUCGAGCUUGGCGGUGAUAAUCUUCACAUUGCUCAAGCAAAAUGUGACUUCAUAUCUGCACUAAAGCGCUUUAGAAACAAAAGUGAGCCCACCUGGAUGUUCAUCACCAAAGGAAAAGUGGUAAAUCUAAUGUUCGGCGCAAACUCCCCCAAAUUACUAGCGGCAAUAAUCGAAGAAUUGGACAGAGAAGCGCAAGCUCGAGAAGGGCUUAGGGAACGUGGCGGAUGGAAUGUAACCACACUGUCACCUGAGGAACAAGAAGUGUUCGAAGCCGAGCAAGCUAUUGAGCAGGAACAUUUGAGGAUCGAAGAAGAGGAUCGCCAGCAGAAGAUUCGCGAGCGAAGACUGGCGGUGGCGAACGUAGUCCUCUCCAAUUUGUCAAAGAACGGUGUAAUUAUCGUCUUCCCGCAAGCGAAGGAUAUGGUUAAACCGACCCUGGCCGACUUAUGGGAACCGAGCGGUCUCGCGAUCGGGUACACGGAACGGCCGGUUUUUACGGAGGCCAUGCUGGAGGAGUUGCUGUACUUUGCUGAAGUAGAGUUUCUCCCUCAAGACAAGGCGGAUUUAAUGAGCGGCCCCGGUCUGGCGUACCUGACCAAGCCGUCGUCUUCCGACUUUGAGGGGGACGUCGACGAGGCCGUGCUGAAAUUUAUAUACGGGGAGAUGAAAGCGCCACCGGGCAGUGAAGAAUCGCCGGCCCAGUCUUUGAAAGGCUACAUCGUCGCGCCCAAAAGCGGGCCGGUCGAAUCGCAAAUGGGCCUAAAACCAUCCGCGACUUCAAUUUCAUCCGGCAGCUCGAUCCACGCGACCCCGUCGAAGUUGCCUGCGUAUUCGCGCUCCGUGAUCCACUCCAAAGCAAUGCUAGACGACGUAUUGUCCGCCGCCAACUUGGUCGAAGAAGGCGAAGGAGUAGAGGUUACGGGGAUCUGGGUUCCGCCCAACAGCCUAACCAGAGCGACCGCCAUCAAGUUGCUCUUUCCAAAAGUGUAUGAUCCCAUCGCUCUGCCUGAGCCCGUUCCGAUUCCGCCGCACAUCGCCAUCGCCUUUGACUCGUUGAAAAGGCGCGACGUGUUUGAAACGCUCCAAAAUUACGAAAACUCGAUCAUGCGCUACGGAUACUUCGACAGCGACAAGCCAGGAAAAGCGCAACUAAUUGCUAAGACCACCGAGGCAUACGUGAAAAUCCGCAGUAGAGAUCCAGGAAUCAAGUUAGUGAUUCAGUUAUCGAAGAAGAAGAGCGACGCCUGGUGCGCUCUCUCGCAGUUGAACCCAACUUACAUGAGUCACAACACCGUGGACGGGGAGAAAGAGUGCAAGAUGUUCUUCCCAGAAGACUACGAUGUGCCUGAAGAUGAGGUGGUUGACAAAGUCGUUCAGGUGAAGAAGAAGAAAGGUAGGAGGGGUAAAAAGAAGGAGGUCGCACCUGUGGCGGGUGAAGUCGUCGAGCAUGGCGCCGAAGAGGAGGCGGACGAAGAAGAUGAGGAAGAAGAAGAGCCUGAGGAGGAACACUCACCGUCUUAGCCAGUUGGAAAGAUGUAACACUGUUGCGGGUGAAUAAAUAUCUUGUGUUUUUUGUA